ACGUCAUUAAUAUUUUCAAAUGAGGCCUGAGAUUUUACUUCCCGCCCAAAAAUGUACACUGGGCUGUCCAAUUCUUGAUCAAUUUCUCGCCGGCGGCGUACCUUGUGGGUCCAUCACCGAACUUUCCGGCGAAAGUGGGUCCGGCAAGACCCAAUUAGCCCUCCAGCUCCUCCUCUCUGCUCAGCUCCCACUAUCACUCGGUGGCCUUUCAGCAUCCUCGCUGUAUCUCCACUCUGAACCCCCCUACCCUUUUCGUCGUUUCGAGCAAUUGUCGAAAGCAUUUUACUUAUCGUACCCCCAACUAUUUGAUUCUGUUGAAUGUGUGUGCAAUAAUGUUCAUGUGCAGGACUUGCAUUCUGCGGACCACCUGUUUGAUGUUGUGCUUAAGCUAGAUUCUGCGUUGGCGGAGGAGUCUCGUAAGGCAAUGCCGAUUAAGGUGAUUGUGAUUGAUUCGAUAGCGGCGUUGUUUAGGUCUGAAUUUGAGAAUACCCCAUUUGAUCUUAAGAGGAGGGCAAGUUUGUUUUUCAAGAUUUCGAUUAAGUUAAAAUUAUUGGCAAAGAGGUAUGGCAUUGCGGUUUUGGUUACGAAUCAGGUGGUUGAUGUGAUGCGAUCAUCGGGGGAUUUGAAUGCUUUGAGGAUUGGGAAUAUUGAUUUGUAUAGUUCCGGACGGAGGAUUUGUCCUGCAUUGGGGAUUUCGUGGGCUAGUUGUGUUAACUCUAGAUUGUUUUUGUCCAUGAAUGAGGAGAUAGUUGGUAAUGCCAUGGGUGAGGGUGAUGCUAAUAUAUCGUGUAGACGAACAAAGAGGGAAAUGCAUGUUGUUUUUGCGCCACAUUUGCCUAGUUCGUCUUGUGAGUAUGUCAUAAAUAGGGAAGGUGUUUUUGGAGUGGGAGGACAGAUAAAAGCAUCUGUUUCUGGCACAAGUUUUAAAUCAGAUGCUAGUAAAAAUCCCACCUUUUUGUUGUGUGAUAAAGACUACAGUUGCGGAAAAAGUGUGACUCUUGAUUCUUUUUCAUCAUAGAUAUUGGAGUAAAUUAUGUAUAGUUUUGUGACAAUUGCUGAUGGUUCUGGAAUGCAAGUCUAUGCGGAGAACUGAUCAAGUCGCAUUUGUUGCUGAAUUCUUAGGAAUCAGAAUUCAGAGACAUGAUUGGCGAGUAUGCUUGAUCUUCUUCUCGAAGAAGCAUUUGCAAACAUUAAGGAAG